AUAGCAAGAUUAGAUGAUGUAAACUCUAAAAUGGAAAAUUUAUUAGCAAUAAAUUCCAAGCUGGCAAAACCAACAAAAAAUAUGUCUGCAUUAGAGCAUUCGGCGCAGAGGGCAUUUAUAUAUUGUCCACCUGCCUCGCCACUCCAUCGUUGGCCAUGCGCCCUCAUCGUCUCUGCGUUCCGAGAACCUCAGUCGACAAAUCCGGCGUCGCCAUUGUCGUCGUUUCCUUCUUCGUUCAUAGUUCAUACACGCAGAGAGACGAGCAUCAGUAGUCGACGGAUGAAACAUAAGAUCCAGGCAUCAUUUUUCUUGCUUUUUUCUUGUUCUAUUUUUUCUUUCCUUUUUUGGAAUCUGUGAUUGAACUGAGAAGGGGAGAACAAUGCUCGGAUGGCCCAGUACAGGCAAUCGGGCAUGGACAGAUUGGGAGUCCGAGGCCACGACUUCUACAACACCAACGGUUCUUCAGAUCACGUCGCCAUCGGAGUCCGUGUGCCCCCCCACAAGCAAUCCCGCCCCCGUCGAUCCCCUAAGACCUUCAAGAUCUCCAUUGGUGCCGUCGUCCUUGUUCUCUCCAUUCUCCUCUUUCUAUCUAUUUUUGUCUUCUCCUUUCUCUCCAGAGACCAUAAAGAAACAAAUAGCUAUAGCAAUGCUCAGGAUAAUGAAACAAAGAGCGACCUCGACUUUCUUACAAACGUGACUCGGACUGAGAGUAAAGUCCUUAAGUUUGGUCAUGGUUCUGUAGCGCAUGGCCGAGAUUCGAGAUACUGGGACAAAGAUGACAGGAGAAGGGAUGAAGAUUACAAUGAGGAUAUGCUGGAGCAAACUGUUGUCUCUUCAAGGGAUGAAUCAAGGGAUAAAGGUCAUGACACAAAAGUGAAGAACGGCAAUGAGAAGUUCUCUGGUGAUGAUUCGUUUAAGGUUUCAGAUCGUAGAGGUGUUGGAUUGUACAAUGAAGCUGGACGUGAUGAACUCAAAAUGUAUGAAGCAGAAUAUGAGGCAUCUCUCAAGAAUGUUGGGCAAUCAAGGAAAGAACAUGGCAAUGUGGAGUUGCGCAAACAGAAGGAGGAGGCUGAUGUUGAUGAUGAGUAUGAUGAUGGUUUAGAUUCCCACGAUACUCAGAUGGAAGAUUAUGAUGAUACAGUACAUGACAACAGGGACCAUUCAGAUGAGGGUAAAUACUUUGAUGGAGAUGGUAGGAAGUCUUUUGAUAAUCUCCAUGCUGGAACCAAGGAUAGGAAUUUUGCUGAUGAUGGCAAGUUAUCUAAGGACUUCCCUUUGAACUCUCAAAAUCCUAAAAAUGUGAAUUCAAAUUCCAGAUUUGUUGGCAGCAUUGUUGGUCAAUCUACAAGAAAGUUUAGCCCUGAAAAGCGGCUGGAUUCAAAGAAAAAAACAAAGCGCCGUUCCUCUUGUGAAAUGAAGUUGUUCAACUCUACUGCGCAGCUUGUGGAACCUUUGGAAAGUCGAAAGUUUGCAAGAUUUUCCUUGCAGUAUACUGAAGUAGAAGAAAAGCCUGAUGGACCAGAACACUGGGAACCUAGAUUUGCUGGGCAUCAGAGUUUACAAGAUAGGGAAAAGUCAUUUUUGGCAAAUGAUCAAAAAAUAAACUGUGGCUUUGUUAAAGGUCCCAAAGGAUCAUCCAGUACAGGAUUUGACUUGGCAGAAGAUGAUGCAAGAUAUAUUAGUAGUUGUCACAUUGCUGUGAGCUCUUGCAUCUUUGGAAAUUCAGAUCGCUUGAGGUCGCCAACUGGUAAAGCGGUCACUCGCCUGUCAAGGAAAAAUGUCUGCUUCGUUAUGUUCAUGGAUGAAAUUACCCUGCAGACACUUUCUUCCGAAGGUCAGACUCUGGAUAGAACUGGUUUUAUUGGCUUAUGGAAGAUUGUGGUGGUGAAGAAUCUACCCUAUACUGAUAUGCGAAGAGUGGGAAAAAUACCAAAGCUUUUGCCACAUCGACUUUUUCCUUCUGCAAGGUAUUCAAUCUGGUUGGAUAGCAAAUUACGCCUCCAACGCGAUCCUCUUCUCAUCUUGGAAUACUUCUUGUGGCGGAAAGGCUAUGAAUAUGCCAUAUCUAACCAUUAUGAUCGGCAUUGCCUAUGGGAGGAGGUAGCACAAAAUAAGAAACUAAACAAGUAUAACCAUACCAUAAUUGAUCAACAGUUUGCAUUUUACCAGGCUGAUGGGCUGAAAAGAUUCAAUGCCUCAGAUCCCAACAAGCUUCUUCCCAGCAAUGUUCCUGAAGGAUCCUUCAUUGUUAGGGCACAUACUCCUAUGUCAAACUUGUUCUCUUGUCUUUGGUUUAAUGAGGUGGAGAGGUUUACUCCUCGUGAUCAGCUGAGCUUUGCAUACACAUACCAGAAGUUGAGAACAAUGAAUCCUGGCAAACCAUUUCAUCUCAAUAUGUUCAAGGACUGUGAGAGAAGAGCCAUAGCAAAAUUGUUUCAUCACAGGUCAGAGGAGAAGCGGAAUAUUCCUCAACGAGUAGCAGAAUGAAAUGUGUAUUAUGUCAGCUCAGCUGAUCUCUGUUUGGUUUGUUGUACAUUACGCUUGGCCAUGCUCGUGCCUCAAGGAGGUAUGCCCCUUGAUGCCCCAACACAUAGCAGCAAGGCUGGUUUUUGAUAUGUGACCUUUUAUUUUGUUGUCUUCGAACAAUGAAAAUAGCGGUUGCACAGCUAGAUAUGCACAAACCUGUUAAUAUCAGUAUUCAUUUGCUGCAUUUUUCUGCUGCUUAAGUUGGGUAUGGCUCGGUGUAAGAAGGUAUUGCCAUCUGCUUUUAGUGUUCUCAUUGAGGCCAUUUUGUUUUAUGAUUCAUUGCUUUUCAAGAUGCAGAGAUGAAGCUCCCAAUGCCUUUGUACUACUACUUCCACUGCAGCUAGUGCCUUGUAUUUUUUUCCCUAAACAACUAGAUUUUUGUUUUUUUUGUUUUUUUUUUUUUUUUUUAUUUAUAAGAAAUUUUGUUGAUUCAAUCAGGCAUGUAUGAUAUUUUAGCAAUUCGAUUGAUGUUACGAUUAUGCUUUUGUUGGUCAAUGACUAUCAAACAUUGUUAUUCAUAUUUUGGAUGUUGUAACUAGAUAUAUAAUGUAUGGUUUCUUGAAAUGUUUUAGGAAGAAUGACUUUUAUGAUGGAUU